CAUUUUUAGUAGCGUACUAUUUUACCUUGAUUUCAUCUCGCGGAAGCCGACUUCGGUGUUGCACGGCUUUCCAUCUCCCGUACGUUUACGUUGUAAAAUGUAACAGAAAACUACUUAAAAUGCGUCAUUAUAAAAUGAUAACAAAUGCUAAUAACUAAUGGAUUAACAUGGCAACGAAGAAACGAUUAAGCUCUGGUGUAUCUUUAGAUCCGGAUGAGUCUGAAUCGCAAGCUGACGAUGUUCACAGUUUUACCGACGGGGACCUAGGUUUUGGUCAUGGACUGAAGCCUGGUGCCGUGUCUUAUGUGCCAGGGGCCGGGGAGGCAGACGUAGACGUGUUCGCUGGUGGUGAUGGUGUUCGUGAUCUGGGCCUAGGCCUGGGCUUACAGUCACUUAAUAGAAUUUUCUCUGUGGAUGGAGAAGAAUUUACAACUUUAAGACGUCAUUCAGCACCACAAAUUAGCCCAGACGGCGUUCACAAUCAUCAACAAGCACAAGCUGAGCAGAGCGAUGAGUGUUUCCAUGGCAACCAUCAUCCUAGGCCGAGGAGCAGGACUGGUUUCUUGGAAGGUUUAAGAGCAUUUAUGUUGAGGAGUGCAACUCUGAGGCAUUUCCUAGCAAACAGUGGUUCUGGAUCUGGGGAUGGUGGAAAUGGCAUGUGGACUCGCGAACAUCAAAAUGAUUUAUGCAUUCAGCUUGAAGCAGCUACGCAGGAAGUCAAUGUAUUACAGAGUGAAUUGGAGGCAGCAAGAAAACAGCUUGACAGCAAGUACAGAGCCAUCAAAAUACUGCAAAGUCAGGCUGUCAUGAUCAACAAAGAGAAGACAAAGUCUGUACAGCAGGCAGGAAGUAUGAAGAAAUCACUGGAACACGAAGUAAAUUCCUUACAGUUUGAUCUGAGUACAAGUCAGGAAUGUGCAAUGCUCAGUCAGCAGACCUGGGCUGAUAGGUUUAACAGGGUUUGUGUUGAAAAUGAGACACUCAUUGCCACACUUCGAGCACGAUCGGAACAAGUCCGGCGGACACAACUUGAAAAGCAUGCUUUGAUGCGUGAGCGUGAUGAACUCCUUGCUAUGAUGGAUGCUAAGGAACAUUUGCAAUAUGACAGACAUAAAUCCUCAACCAGCGAUGCCUACUUACACAACUCACUAGCACAGCAAUUUGGAGUGUUAGGAGCUUGUUUAUGCCGUGGUAGCAAACCAGAGCCAUGUGGGUGUGCAAAAGCAGCGGCGAGACUCAAGAAGGAAAAUGACCUUCUCAAAGAUGAGGUGGAUGAACUGAGACAAAAUCUUGAAGCGGUCACUCUGAAAGCUGAUUCAUUUACAAAGGCAUUUGAUCAUCAGCUGGACCAGAACUCACUACUGUGUCAACAAAUUCAGAGACUAUGUCACGACGAGAAGAAAUCACAGCGACGAGAUAAAUCCAUCAGCGGUAGGAAGAACAGGGGCACUCAAAAUGGGUGCAUUGAGAGAAAUGACAAUUACAGAUCAGGAUCAGUCAGAACGGAUGACAGUUCCGAUCAGUUUACUUCCAGUGAUACCAGUGCAUCGUGCAGGAGUGUAGCAGUUCAAGUUAGUCAGCCACUGCCUGAUCUGAUUGGCACACUAGCAGAUUUGCUUAAUGACAAGACAGAAGCACUUGCUCAUCAGCGUUUGGUUGCCAAGAUGCUCGCAAGAAAGACUCAAGAACUAGAGAAGACGAUGAAGCAACUGAGUGAAUACAACCAACGAUGAGCUUUGAAAUAUAAACCUGUGAAAUCUACUUAGUCGCGAGAAGCACGAGCCUUCAUGUAAAUCCCUUCCAUAUCAGGGUUUUUAUGUUUUUUUCUGUAUUAAUUUUACUGAAAUUGUGACUUGAGUUUUACUUCUUCCUUCUGGACAUAACAUUUACAUGUAUGAUUUUGUUCGUAAAGUGCAUUUCAAGGUCUCUGACAAGCUAGUUAUGAAAUUCUAAAAUUUAGAAGUUAUCGUCCGAGGAUAACUCAUAAAAGACUUGGGAUAUGACCCCAAUCCAUACCCUUAGAAAUACCCAAAUGUUUUGAAAAAAGCCAACAAUUUUCCAUAUAUUUUUAUUUCGCUGUUAAUUGAAUUUACACUUGUGUAUAUAUAUUUAACUACUAAUUUAUGCGCAUAUCUUCCAUGACUACGGUAGUGCCUUCAACUGGUCACACAAAUUUGAUGUAAAAUUUGAUAUUCAAAAAGGCCAUUUGUAUAUUUAUUGGUUUAAUAGUUUACACAAAGCGGUAAUUUAUAUUUGCAGUCCCAUCUUAGUUAGUACUUGUGCAAUACUGUGGGACACACAAAAGAUGCUUUACAUUCAAAAUAUUUCAGGUAGAGAUGAUUAAAGGCCAAUUAACUGAAAUAUUAACUAAAACUAUUUAUUAAUAUUAACUAAAACUAUUAACUAUUCACAACUUAUUGAAAUUUUUGUUGAGAUUUGAAGGUUGCAGGUUGAAGACGGCAAUAAGAUUAAGUUUACGCCUCCAUGUUGCAAAUCUCUUUUGUGAGUUAGUAAGGUUCUGAAAAGAACUGCGGGUGGGGGGGGGGGAGACUUCGGGACGGUAUGCUCGGCCUGUCGGAAGAAGACCAUUUGUUUUGUGUUGAGAUGUCUUAUCAUUUUACCACUGAAUGAGCUUGAAUGUUGGGGCUUGAGUUCAAAUCUGAUGUAGCAGCAGGUAAUGCAAUCAGUGACAAAUUAUGUCCCCGACACAAACGUAGAUAAUGGUAGAGAAGUUUAGACAUGUGCACUAUGAAACUGGAGGGUGUGGGUUUCGCGUCUCAUUCAGACCAGCUUGUGAAUGUAGUCUCACAAACUCUCAGAAAGCAGAGACUAUGUGCUUGGACACGUAGUCAGUGGAGAGUAAACAAAGAUUAACGUCUAAAAGCUUACUAGGUAUAACAAGAUAAUAUAUGUAAAACAUAUUAAUUAACAAUGAACUCAGUAGACUGACAUGUGUGGAAGCAAACUGGCACAAUUUAAUAGUGAUGUGUCUUGGUAAAACCGAAGAUGGGUGAGGACCUAUAAAUGAGUUUAUUAAUUACAAGAUAUUUAUAUUAUAUUACACUUUU